AACCGAGCAGGGUAAACCCAACUAGCCCAGUCUUUGCUUGCAGCUCUGUGAUGGCGUUACCGCGGGUUUUUACUCAACUUUUUAUUUCCUUUGCCUGGGGUUUAAUUGAGUUCGUCCUCGCCCAGGAACACUUUAUAGUUGGCGGUCAGAAUGCCGUCGAGGGCGAGGCUCCCUACCAAAUAUCCUUGCAAACCCUGGCAGCCAGUCACCUGUGUGGUGGAGCCAUCAUUUCCGAGCGUUGGAUUCUUACGGCGGGCCAUUGUGUGAAGGGAUAUCCUGCCAGCAGACUGCAAGUGGCCACAGGCACUAACCGCUAUGCGGAUCCGGGCGCCGUGUACUAUCCGGAUUCCAUCUACCUGCACUGCAACUACGACACUCCCAAGUACCACAAUGAUAUCGGAUUAUUACACCUAAAUCAGAGUAUUGUUUUCGACGCUCGAACCCAGGCGGUAGACCUUCCCAACACACCGUUUCCCCAAGGAUCUUCGGAGCUGCUUUUUACCGGAUGGGGUUCCCAGUCGGCAGCCGGAACUCUUCCAUCUCAACUGCAAAAGGUGCAACAGCAACACCUCACCAGCACAGUCUGCAAGGGACUGCUUACCGACUACGAGGAUUUGGAACUGGGUCCUUGUCACGUUUGCGCCUAUCGACAAGCAAACAUCGGGGCCUGUCAUGGCGAUUCCGGCGGUCCUUUGGUUCACGGGGGAACUUUGGUCGGCAUUCUUAACUUUUUUGUGCCCUGUGCAAAGGGUGUCCCCGAUAUAUUUAUGAGUAUUAUGUACUACCGGGACUGGAUAAGGCAGACGAUGAGUGGCAAUGGCAAGUGUAGCCAGGUGGAUCAGCAGUUAAUAAAUGGAUAA